UCUUGUUCAUGGCAGAAUCAAAGAUUUAUAUGGUCUUAAUGGAUGAUGAUCCCUUUAUAUCUAGCAGAAUCAAGGGUACUUCUGGAAAUGUGUCCAUGUACAAGCAAAGAAUGGCAAAACAGCACGACGUUUUCCUAGGUUCUCUUCUAAGAAGAAGUGCUUACACCAAAUUAUACAGCUACACCCAUUUGCUCAAUGGAUUUGCAGUUCAUGUGAAAUCAGAUAAGGCAUUGAAUAUUCUGCAGAAAGCAGUGGGAGUAAGAGGCAUCUAUGAGGAUAUUAAAAUGGAGAAGUUGACAACACACACACCAGAUUUUCUGGGAAUUCCUGACACAGUGUGGCCCAGACUAGGUGGACCAAGUGUCUCAGGGGAAGGAGUUGUAAUAGGCAUGAUUGACACAGGAAUUAACCCAUUUCAUGCAAGCUUCUCACCUGAAGAAUACAAUGGCAGACCUAGAACAACCAGAAAAUUCACCGGAAAAUGCAUUACCGGCGAUAAUUUUCCGGCAACAGCAUGCAAUGGCAAGAUUGUUGGGGCUCAAUAUUUUGCCCGAGCUGCCAUUGCAGCUGGUGACUUCAAUGUCUCACGCCAUUAUGCUUCUCCCUUUGAUGCUGAUGGUCAUGGAAGCCAUACAGCUUCAACAGCAGCUGGGAACUACCACAUUCCUGUCAUAGCCAACAGAUUCAACUAUGGUUAUGCAAGUGGCAUGGCUCCAGGAGCAGGUAUUGCUGUGUACAAAGCUCUUUACUCUUUUGGAGGAUACAUGUCAGAUGUUGUGGCUGCAGUUGAUCAGGCAGUAGAAGAUGGAGUUGAUAUACUUAGCCUCUCUGUUGGGCCAUCAAGUGUUCCAUCGGGCGAUUCUGCUUUCCUUAAUGUGUUAGAAGUCCAACUUCUGUUUGCAACGAGGGCUGGCGUGCUGGUUGUUCAAGCUGCUGGAAAUGGCGGUCCUUCAUCCCGCUCUAUGCUUUCGUUUAGUCCAUGGGUAACCAGUGUUGCUGCCUCCACUACGGAUCGCAGAUACACUAAUUCAAUCGUUUUAGGCAAUGGACAGACAUUCUCUGGCAGUGGACUUUCCCCUCCAACAAGAGGGAAAGCGUUUUUUCAGCUGGCAGCUGCAGUUGAUGUUUGUCGGAGGAACUCUACUGCGGGCCUCUUGACAGUUGAGAGCUGCCAAGAUGCAGGGCAAUUCGUCCCGUCCUUAGUUCGUGGGAAGCUGGUGAUCUGUACAUAUACCUUUGAUUUCGAGUCCGAGGCAGCAAGUAUUGCAACGGUUGCAGAUACUGUGCACAGAGCCGGGGCUGCUGGCUUUGUACUCACAAUGGACCCCGAUAUUGGUUCUGAACAAAUUAAGGGCGCCACGGUCACCUUACAAAUCCCGGGUCUAAUCAUAAACAACAUGGAGGCCUCCACCGCUUUACGACAAUAUUACAAUUUGAACACCCUGAGGAGCAGAAGUGGGAGAGCUAUUGCAUUUAGAGCAACUGCAAGGAUUUUGGAUGGAAGGCAGGCGAUUUAUAGCGGGCAGGGACCCGUUGUAGCAUCAUAUUCAUCAAGGGGUCCUGAUGUUAAUAAUGCACUGCUAGACACUGCUGAUGUUCUUAAACCAAACAUCAUGGCCCCUGGAUCCUCUAUAUGGGCUGCCUGGAGCCCCAACAGUGAAGGAGAUAAAUACAUCAAAGGUCAACAUUUUGCUUUGGUUUCUGGAACAAGCAUGGCAACACCUCACAUAGCCGGCAUUGCUGCUCUGAUCAAAGACAGACACCCAAACUGGAAGCCUUCAGCCAUUACAUCUGCAAUGAUGACAUCCGCGGAUGUAACAGACCGGUUAGGCUCCCCUUUGUUAGCCCAACAAGCCUCCCAGCAGCUUUCUCCUGCAACUCCAUUCGACUUUGGCUCCGGGUUUGUGAACCCCUCUCGUGCCCUCAACCCGGGGCUCGUGUUCAACACCUACUUCCAACAGUACAUUCAGUUCUUGUGUGCUGUUCCAGGCGUGGACGAGAAGUCUGUGAGGCGGGUGAUUGGCGUGGAAUGCCCCGAGAACAAAAAAUUUUGGUGCUCGGAUUUGAACACCCCGAGUGUGACAAUCUCUAACUUGGUGGGCUCAAGAACAGUGGUGAGAAGGGUGACUAAUGUAGGUGGUGCAGAUGAGAGGUACAGAGUGAUUGUGAGAGAACCCCUGGGGGUGAGAGUUUCCAUCAUACCACAAAACUUCUUUAUUAGUGCAGAGGCUUCAAGACAUCUUAUUAUAGUGCUAAAUGCAACAAAGGCUACAAAUUCAUACUCCUUUGGGGAGAUGAUUUUGCUAGGAGACAGAAGCCACAUUGUCCGGGUGCCUUUUGCUGUUUAUGUAAGCGCUUCUUUACAAUCUUAAUUCUUACUUCUAUUUAUACUCCGCCCUCUACUGUACUAUCAUCAUCUUGUAGAGAUCAGAUCAGACUGAAGUGGAAAA